AUGGUAUCGUCAUCCUCCUUCUGUGUUCUUCUGCAAGCCGCCACGGGGAAGCGGAAGGUUCCUCGAUUCGUAUUUGUGAUCGGCUGCAACCGGUCACGCCUCUGCAUUUUUGUCUUUGCAGGGUAUUGAUCUCGUCGCCGGUGGGAAGAGCAAGAAGACCAAGCGCACUGCGCCCAAGUCGAAUGAUAUUUACCUCAAGCUCCUUGUUAAGGUCAGUUUGGACGAGAUCUGAACAUAAAUCCAAGUUUUAUCUCGCACGGUGAUAUCUCGUGUUCUUUGUUUUAGUCCGUCUUCUCGUUCGAGCUGAAAUCUUCUCUUGUGGGUGCAGCUGUAUAGGUUUCUGGUGAGGAGGACCGGUAGCAAGUUCAAUGCAGUCAUUCUGAAGAGGCUGUUCAUGAGUAAGAUCAACAAGCCGCCCAUCUCUCUGUCCAAGCUCCUCAAAUUCAUGAAGGGGAAGGUCUGGUUAACCGUUACCUUUCUUAUCUUCUAUUUUACUUUGUCUUGAUUAGUUUCUAUUCCUUCGUAGUCGUUAUCUCUCUGUUAAAUAGUUAUUUUCGUUUUCCAUGUACCAGGAGGACAAGAUUGCAGUGAUUGUGGGAACGGUUACUGAUGAUCUGAGGGUGCACGAUGUCCCUGCGCUGAAGGUGACUGCUCUGAGAUUCACAGAGCGAGCAAGAGCUAGGAUCCUCAAAGCCGGAGGGGAGUGCUUAACGUUUGACCAGCUUGCUCUUCGUGCACCACUGGGACAGGGCACGGUAGGAAACUCAUAUCCUCUCCCUAAAUUGGCUCACUCGUAAAAUAUUAGACUAUAUUUGAUAUAUUUCUCUUUAGAUGGCCUUGGAUUUUAGAAUUUUACAUCAAAACUUUGAAUCGCGUGAUUAACUACCCUUUUUUGUUCUGUACUGAAAAUGGUGGUAUAACAUUUGUAAUUCGAAGUUCGUUCGGAAAAUGCGAUUGCCUUCAUAUUUUAUAGAUCAUUUAGUGGUUUGUGUCAUUCGACUUCUCUUGUCAUAGUCAUCCGGGAACUGUAAUUGAGAAGGCGGAAGCUUAGAUCCUGAUCUUUUAAACUUUUUUAUUCAAUGAGAUCGAUCAGACAUGACAGAGAAAUGAGCAUGUGUCAAAAGUUUUGCUUCAGAACUCGUACUGAAUUCCUAUUCCUCUGAUUCGCAGUAAUACUACUGAUGAAUUUUUUUUGUUGAUCUCCUUAUAGGAUGGUUUCGAGAGAGAAAAAUAUAUCUUUCCGUCGAUCAACGAUUGAUAUCUGCUGCUCAUGUUGAUAUUCUGAGUGUUCGAGCGGUUUUUCCGAGAGUUCUGUCCAAUAUUUUUCUUUUUCAGGGCUUUGUUGUUCAAUAUCCAUGUGCACUAGCCUUCUAAAGCUGCAAGCAAACAUGGACUUUUUUCCGUUUAUGCUUAGUGGGUCAGAGUAUCUUUCUAUAGCUGUUUGUCUUUUUUCAUCGAUUCCUCAAGUAUUUGGAAGCAUAUUUCGAAAAUUCCGGAGAAACUGAACCUGUCCAUACAGUGUACCAUAACUCCAAUGUUUUGAUUUUUUUUUUUUUUGGGGGCUGAAGGCGCUGAUUCUUUAGGCGCACUCCUCUACUGCUCUGAUGAUAUAAUUGUAAUCCCAGCUCAUUAUGAGGGCCUCCUUCGUGGAAGACCUAGGAAUGGAUUCAAAUACAAUAUCUGAGCUUAUGUUCGGUAGAUAUUCCGAGUUCAGUUUUUAAAAAAUAAUUUUGCGCAUCUGUUCGGUUGAGACCCAACUGGAAAUCCAUGAUGUUUCACUUCUACUGAUGCCGCAGAGGCAAUCGGGUGAUUGAAUUGUCAUGUAUUCCAUUCCAACACACAACAUUCUCCUACAUGACGUGACUUCAGUUGAUUAUACUUCUUGUUGAUGGUGUGAUGUGCAGCAUUUGUGGGCAUCAGCUCGAGCUAACAGUGGCAUGCAUAUUCAGCUGUUCAAUAAAAAUAAGAACGGCAAUAAUAGCUAUCCCACAUGGUGGGAGCAAUGAAUAGUAAUGGACUUCCUGUGUGUAUUAUAACCCUCAUGACGUGAAAACCCCGAACGUCAUCUUGCUGUUUGUUUCCUGAUAGCUUAAAUUCUCUCUCAUUUCACCUGACAGUAGUCUUUUUUCACUCUUAAUCUGUGUCAUUUCUUCUUCCCACAGGUUCUGCUCAGGGGGCCUAAGAACGCCAGGGAGGCCGUGAAGCACUUUGGGAAGGCCCCCGGUGUCCCGCACAGCCACACCAAGCCUUACGUGCGUGCCAAGGGGAGGAAGUUCGAGAAGGCCAGAGGGCGAAGGAACAGCAGGGGCUUCAGAGUUUGA